UCCCCAAGUUGACUUGACCAGUACAAUCGAAAGGUCACCGCAGACGGCCAACCACUUCAAAGUCCGCGCUCGUCCUCACCCGGAGGCCGGCAAUUACGAGUUGACCAUUUCCUCUGUCACAAAUCAUGAAAUGGAAAGUGGGGAAAGGCAUCGAUCGCCAUCUCCGAUAGGAAAACCAGAAGCAACGGGCGGAAAAUAAAGCGGUAUUCCCCUUCUUCACCGGGUAGCUGAGAACACAUUGGCUACACACCUCUCGCUCGCCGAUGAUCUUGUAUGGAUUAUCUAGGGAUCCAAUGGAAACACCCAAGUACGAUGAGCUGGUAAUCUGCACCAUCGUCGCGCUCCUGGGCGUUGUUGCCUUCUCGUGUUGCGUCGCGGCUGAAUUCGAGAAAGUGAAAGUGAAGGAUAUGAGACUGGAUGGAAGCCUCUGUUCGCUGCCAAGGAGCAGCGCGUUUGGGUUGGGGAUCGCAGCACUUGUGUGCCUCUCCAUCGCACAGGUCAUUGGGACUACCAUGGGAGGAAGCAGGAUCUGUUCGAUAAAGGCGGCGGCUAGCAGCAGUCGAAUUGCCUCCAUCGCCCUGCUAUGUCUUGCCUGUUGGCUGCAUCAAUCACCAUGUGAAGCGGGUUUGAAAAUUCAGACGGAAUCACACGAAUUAUGCUGUAGGAUCAUCUACGCUCUGGCAUCGAUCAUACUGGCCAUUGCAUCGAGCAUGGACGGCGGACAGUCAUACGGAAAAGGCUGGAUGAACGGCGACUGCUACAUAGUUCAUGACGGCGUCUACGCAGGCGCCGCUGUUAUGGUCGUCUCCAUCGUACUUGUGAUACUUGCCUUCAACUUCAAGACAAGGAAGACGAUGCGCCAUCGAACGAGACUGGAUGAGGAAGGAACCAUUCCCAUCGGAAAUAGCCAACAAUCAUGUACCAUUGUUGGAAGAGUCAAAGCCGACGAAUGGUGGUGAUACUCGGGUUCCGAGGGCCACUUGCUGUAAAAGGGUUAUUCUUGAUGAUACUUUCCUAUUAUCAUUCCUACUGGAUAAGCAGGAAAAGAAGUACAUUAUUGACAUAUUCUUUUUA